AUGCCUUCAACAUGCGAAUUUCAAUUAAACAAUCCCAAUGCGGUUUACAAUAGUGGAGACACAGUAAGUGGUGCGAUUGUUUUGAACACAAGCGCGCCCAAAGAUAUAAGAGAUAUACGCAUAAUUUUCCGAGGCGAGGGAAAAGUAAGUUGGACUGAAACUAAGAGGCACACACAAUCAGGAGGUACUUACACCAAUCCCACGAUUCAGUUUAAAGCCAAUGAGUUGUAUAUCUACAAUACCACAACCGUACGUGGUGAGGGAACUAUGCCCGCAGGAACCCAUACAUAUCCAUUUCAAAUACUUCUACCGCUGCGUUGUGCCUCCUCUGGUGAGGGUCGCUACGGUUACAUACGCUACGAACUGAUAUUGAAAAUUAAUAGGCCGUCUCGUUUCGAUAAUGAGUUUAGUAAACCGUUGACUGUAAUUAAAUUACUGGAUUUAAACUUAAAUCCAGCUUUUAGGAUUCCCAUUGAAAGUGAGGAUAUUUUUAGUUCCAGCUUUUGCUGUUUUUCAAAUGGUACAGUUAAUACUACGCUUUCAAUUCCAUUCGGUGGCUAUGCCAUUGGCCAGAGUGUGAGAUACUCAGUCCAUGUACGAAAUCAAUCGAUGGACCAUAUUGAAGGGUACACCAUCGAAUUUAAUCGGAAAAUAAUAUUUACUGCCCGCACACCCCACCACAAGACAUGUGAAGAUAAAACCACUUUAUAUAGAAAAUCAUAUGGUAACCGCUGUUUACGUUUCACCACGCGUAUUUUUGGUGGCAAUUUUCUAAUAGUCUCCACACCUCCCACCACCGAAGGUGAGUGUAUUAUAAGUGUACGUUACUCAUUAAAGGUGAUCUUAAAUAUGGUGGGUUUGACUACGAACAAUAUUAUGACUGUACCAAUAGUUAUUGGGACAGUGCCACUGAGAGAGAGUAUGGUAACGGCAGCAGCUUCGGAAAAUUCUCGUCUUAUUACAGUGGCACCCACAGCACCCGAACUACUGAGAGAGAGUAGAGAGAGUAUUGUAACGUCAGUUCCUUUAGAAAAUUAUCGCCUUCUUACAGUGACACCUACAGCUCCCGAACUACUGAGAGGGAAUAUGGUAACGACAGAACCUUUGGAAAAUUAUCGCCAUAUUACAGUGGCACCCACACCAUCCCAACUACCUCUCGUUUACCAAAGACGCAACGAUUCGCCACCUAGUUAUCAGGAAUUGGGACCUCCCUCAUUCGAAGAGGCUACGCGUAGUAGUGCUCCCUUUAUAGAUACUGAUAGAAAUGAGCACAAUCGCCAUAUUGGGUUUAAGCCUUUAUAACCCACAUACUCGCAAAGUGAUGACUAGUUCAAUUACCUCAAAAUGUUCUUAGUAAUUAUUAUUCCAUGCAAUCGAAUAUGUAUUAUAUUUGUAGGAAAUGUAUUUUUUUAUAAAGUUUUACAAUAAAUAAAAACAAAUUAAAAUUUAUAAGCAGCAAUAUCA